GGACUAGCAUCGUCGUUAGCGCAAAAUGUCCCCCAAAAUACUUUCAAUAGUAGGAGCUCCUGCACCUUAACCUAAUUUCAGCCUAGUUAUUAACUUCCGCUGGUGUUAGUUCAACAAAUGAAACAAACUCAACAACGUUGUCUGCAAAGUAUACAAAGCAAAAACUAUCAAGAACACAACUGUCUGUAGGGUUUUUGUGUCUACCUAGGUUAUGUUAAUCAGCUCUCGGGAAGGGAAAACUGAAGAAUUUUCAUGGGCAAUAUUGAGGGAAAACUGAAGAAUUUUCUGGUUGUGCAUUUGAUUGUUGAAACCGAUGUUAUUAACCUCUUUCUAAACUUUUGCUGUCCAUUAGGGGGAAAGAAAUGGACGGGAUAAAGGCUUUGUUAUGUUGUUGACUAGAGUGAAGAAAAAAUGGGUUCUACAGUUAUCCCACCGAAAUCGAUGAUCGAGGUUCCUUCUUUGCAUGGACUACAUUUGAAUUGCUGCCAAAUGGAACUUAUUUCCGGUUAUAGCGCUAAUGCGAUGGCAAAAGCAUCAUCAAUUCACUUCAGCUGCUUAACCAAGGGUAAUUGCAAAACUCAAUUUUGUCUAAAGUGGAGGGAAGUUGAUAAUAAAGGAAGAAAUAGAUCUUUGUUACGAUUUAGAGGCCAGCAGAGAGGUCUUUCCCUAGAUAAAGUUAAUGAGGGUGCACAAGGUGAAUGGAGCUCAGAUGGAUACGUAAAGGAUGUAGAUAAGAAACUUAAAGAGCAAAUUUUUUUAAAGAAACAUUCUAGUCCCUCAACAUUGUCUGUAGACGGCCCUUUUGUUGAGAAUGGUGAGGAAACUAAUAAUGAUUUUCUUAAAAGCUUUUGCAGUUAUGGGAAGCUAGUCGAUGCGUCAAAGUUGAUAGAAGUGAUGGCUCGUAGAAACCAAAUUCCCCAUUUCCCUUCUUGCAUAAACUUGAUUAGGGGCCUUGUCAAGAUUGACCGGAUAGACAGAGCUGCAAAAGUCCUAAAAGUUAUGGUUAUGUCUGGUGGAAUUCCAGAUACUAUAACUUACAACAUGUUGAUUGGUGGUCUGUGUAAAAAGGGACAGUUAAAAUCUGCCAUUGAUGUCUUGGAGGACAUGAGCUUGAGUGGUUGCCCCCCGGAUGUGAUUACUUAUAACACGAUAAUACGCGUCAUGUUUGAUCUUGGGAGGUUUGAUCAGGCCAUUGGAUUCUGGGAAGAUCAGCUGAGAAAGGGAUGCCCACCUUAUGUAAUAACCUACACAAUUCUCAUUGAGCUAGUCUGCAAGCACUGUGGGAUUGUUCAGGCUAUAGAAGUAAUGCAAGAUUUGGCAGUUGAGGGCUGUUAUCCUGAUCUCGUGACCUACAACUCAAUGAUUAGUUUUACAUGUAAACAAGGAAACGUUGAAGACACAGUGUUGGUUAUAUAUGAUCUUCUAUCACAAGGAAUGGAGCCCAAUGCCGUAACAUACAACACUCUUCUCCAUUCUCUGUCUAGUAAUGGUUGUUGGGAUGGGGUGGAUGAGAUCUUUGCUUUUAUGAACAGAACUUCCCAUCCUCCUACAGUUGUCACUUACAACAUUUUGAUAAAUGGUUUGUGUAAAUAUGGGCUUUUAGAUCGUGCCAUUGAUUUCUUUGGUCAAAUGGUUUCCCAAAACUGUUCUCCAGACAUUAUCACUUAUAACACACUCUUACGUGCUCUUUGUAAAGAGGGAAUGACAGGUGAGGCCCUCCAAAUUCUUCUGUAUCUAGGUGGCACCAGCUGCUCGCCUAGUUUGAUUACUUUCAAUAUUGUAAUUGAUGGAUUGGCAAAGGAGGGUUACAUGGAGAAAGCAGUGGAAUUGUAUUGUCAUAUGAAAGAGCAUGGGAUUAUUCCCGAUGAUAUUACACACCGAUGCUUAAUUUGGGGGUUCUUCCGGGCAGAUCUAGUCGAGGAUGCUGUGGAAAUAUUGAAGGUGAUGACUAAGAGAAAGCACAGGAUUAAAAAUAGUGCUUACAGGUUCAUGAUCCAUUCAUUAUGUAAGAAAAACAAGAUAGAUAUUGCUAUCCAAGUCCUAGAAUUGAUGAUCUCAAGUCGUUACAGGCCUGAAGAGACUGUUUAUUCCACCAUAAUUAAAGGGGUAGCUUCUGCUGGCAUGACUGAAGAAGCUAUUGAACUACGCCAGAAAUUGAUUGAAUGGAAGGCUUUAAAAGAGCCAUUAUAGAUUCAGCAGUGUAUAGUUGAUGGCAGGGAGCUUUGGGGGGCACAUUGACACAUUAGCACUUGCAGGCGACUGUUGCUUUUCAACGUCAACCUACUAGGAUAUUUAGGGAAGAGAUUUGCGGUUCUCUUGGUCAAAUAGAAUGCAGCCUGUUGUUGCAAGACUUAAUUCCAUUCAAGGUGGUGUUACUGUUCAAUUUUGUAGAUUUAGUGACCUUGAAAAUUUUGCUAUUUUUUCUCAUGAAGUAAUGCUCUUGCUUGCUUGCUGGAACUGAAUAUUCAAAUAUGUUUUAAUGCCUGUCACCUUUCAAAGCUUAUUGUAUGACAAGAAUUAGAGCAAUGUUAAUGCCGAUCGAAAUGAUAGUGCUACCAAUAGAUAAUUGGACGCAUGUGGCGCCCUUGUGUGUAUAAGACAAUUCGCUUAUUCUGUCGCUAAUAAGUUUAUUUUCGGGACUUCAAUAGUAUCGGUGGA